CUUCGGGGUCUGCGAGGUCUUAGCGGUAGAGCUGGUUGUGGGGGGGAUUGGGAGUCCUUAGACUUCGGCUCCCGAGAGGUUAGGCACUGAAACCCCCUCCCUAGUCCCAAGUCCUCUUGCCCUUGCUUUCGUCCUCUAGAGGCCAUGCCAUUGACCCGCAGCCUGUCCGUGACCUCCCUCUCUGGGUUGGAGGACUGGGAAGAUGAACUUGACCUUGAUAAUGCCAUUCUUUUCGAAGUGGCUUGGGAGGUAGCCAAUAAAGUUGGUGGGAUCUACACUGUUAUCCAAACAAAAGCCAAGAUUACACUGGAUGAAUGGGGCGAGAAUUACUUCCUGAUUGGGCCUUACCUGGAAUUGAAUGUGCGCACACAGGUGGAGCUGAUAGAACCUCCCAACCCUGCCAUUCGUCGAACCAUGGACUCCAUGAAUUCAAAAGGAUGUAAAGUUUACUUUGGCCGCUGGCUGAUUGAGGGGGGUCCAUAUGUGAUUCUCAUCGACAUUGGGGCAACCGCUUGGAGCUUGGAUCGCUGGAAGACUGAAUUGUGGGAAAGCUGCUCCAUUGGGAUUCCCUGGUACGACCGAGAGGCCAAUGACGCUGUCCUCUUUGGCUUCCUCACAGCCUGGUUCCUAGGGGAGUUUUCUGCACAGUGUGAAGAAAAGCCAUUCAUCAUUGGUCAUUUCCAUGAGUGGUUGUCUGGUGUUGGGCUCUUCCUCUGUCGGAUCCGGAAACUUCCAAUAGCUACCAUCUUCACCACCCAUGCUACCCUGCUUGGCCGCUACCUGUGUGCAGGCAGUGUGGACUUCUACAACAAUCUGCAGAAUUUUAAUGUGGAUAAGGAGGCUGGAGACCGGCAAAUUUACCAUCGUUAUUGUAUGGAGAGAGCUGCUGUCCACUGCACACAUGUUUUUAGUACAGUUUCUCAGAUCACAGCAGUAGAAGCUGAACAUCUGUUAAAACGGAAACCUGAUAUUGUGACUCCCAAUGGUUUGAACGUCAAGAAGUUCUCUGCUAUGCACGAAUUCCAAAACCUCCAUGCCCAGAGCAAAGCUCGUAUCCAGGAGUUUGUCCGAGGCCAUUUCUAUGGGCACCUGGACUUCAACCUUGACAAAACUAUUUUCUUCUUCAUCGCUGGACGCUAUGAAUACUCCAACAAAGGAGCUGACAUUUUCUUGGAAGCCCUAGCCAGGCUCAACUACCUACUAAGGGUGAAUGGAAGCCAGAUUACAGUGGUAGCAUUUUUUAUCAUGCCAGCUAGGACAAACAAUUUCAACGUGGAGACCCUAAAAGGCCAAGCCGUCCGGAAGCAGCUCUGGGACACAGCCAAUGCAGUGAAGGAGAAGUUUGGCAAAAAGCUGUAUGAAUCCCUCCUCGUGGGGAACCUUCCCGACAUGAACAAAAUGUUGGACAAAGAAGAUUUCACAAUGAUGAAGAGGGCCAUCUUUGCCACUCAGCGUCAUUCUUUCCCCCCAAUCUGUACUCACAACAUGCUGGAUGAUUCUACCGAUCCUAUUCUCAACACCAUCAGGCGCAUUGGUCUCUUCAAUAGCAGUGCCGACCGUGUCAAGGUCAUUUUCCAUCCAGAAUUUCUGUCUUCCACUAGUCCGUUGCUUCCUGUUGAUUAUGAAGAAUUCGUUAGAGGCUGCCAUUUGGGGGUGUUCCCUUCCUAUUAUGAACCAUGGGGCUACACACCAGCUGAGUGCACCGUGAUGGGGAUUCCCAGCAUUUCCACCAAUCUCUCUGGCUUUGGCUGCUUCAUGGAGGAACACAUAGCAGAUCCAUCUGCCUACGGCAUCUACAUCUUAGAUAGGCGUUUCCGGGCCUUGGAUGAGUCGUGCACGCAGUUGACCUCCUUCCUCUACAGCUUCUGCCAGCAGUCACGGCGACAGCGCAUUAUACAGAGAAACCGCACCGAGAGGCUUUCUGAUCUCCUGGAUUGGAAAUAUCUAGGAAGGUAUUACAUGUAUGCCCGGCAUAUGGCCCUCGCAAAGGCAUUCCCUGAUAACUUCACCUAUGAGCCACACGAAACAACUGCGGCUCAGGGCUUCCGCUACCCCCGCCCAGCCUCCGUCCCACCCUCUCCUUCCAUCUCCCGCCAUUCCAGCCCCCAUCACAGCGAGACCGAAGAGGAUGACGAACGGUACGACGAGGAAGAAGAGGCAGAAAAAGACAGACAGAACAUCAAACCCCCAUCCAUGAUGGGUCCAGUCCCCGAGUGGCGAAAGCGCUCCAAGAAGGGGUCUAGCGAGGCUAGCAACUCCUCCAAUGCUAGCACCCCCACCAUCCCCAGCAGCCCCAGCGACCUGAGCAGCCCCACCAAUUCUCUGAUCGAAGAGAAGAAUUAGGUGGGUAGGAUGGUUGUCUUGACUCGCCCGCCUGCUAUUUUUUCCCACGCCUCCCCCUAUCCUCAAGAGCUUGCUACCUAGCGCUGCAUUCUGAAAUAAGUCUAGAGUUGUAAGUUCUAGGGUGCUCCAGGCAGAAGUGUUGGGUUCUCACACUCGACAUAGUUCGGUUAAAGGACAGUAAGACAGUCUUCUCUGGAUCACAGAAUGCCAAGGGUGGAGGACUUCUUCCUCGGGAAGGAGUCAGGAAGUGACCCAUUGGCUCUUUUUUCAGAACACAAGACAACAUCCUUGUGUUGAGCAAGAGUAAGAGUGUACCUUCCUGCGUUCUCCUCCCCAAACACACUCCAUAUGCUGCUGAUGUUUUGGAAGGCGUUCUCCAGGUCUUAAGAACCUUGCUGAUUUCUUUAAAAAAUAAUAAUAAUAAUGGGAGAAAAGGGAAAAGGGGAGGCCUUCAUGAGAAGGACACAGGGAAGAUAUUAUGUUACCCAACUCCCCCCCCCCCUUCCCUACCAACAAAGGUUUCAUUGAACCAGAAACAGAGCAGGCCUUUUAAACGAUGCUCAUAAAAUGAAUGCAUCUAAUAUUAUUAUUCUGUUGCGUAACCCUAGAGGGUUGGCAUGGAGGCCCAGGGAGGAUGUAUGCUCAGCAGGAUUUUAGGGAGUUUGGAAACUUCCUUUAAAAGCCAUGACUCGGCUCUUCUUUAAGCAGAGCCUUUUUUUUUUAAGAAAAGAAAAGAAAAAAAAAAGAGGAUGUUUCAUAAUAUGUCCAGACAAUCUCAAUUCAUACUUUGGGACUGUUUGUCAGUCAGCUCUGUCUGUUUCUGGAAAGGAAUUUGCAAAGCUAUUUAGAGCAAAGAUUCUAACAAAAAGGUUUUCUGAAAAGGGCGGGAGGCAGGGCGCAUGCACAGGGGACGUGCACCCAUGCGCAUUGCAUUUUGGGAACUCGGUGCCAAACAGUUUAGCCAUCACUGUUCUAGCACAUCCCGAGCAUAAGCUAGUGUAAAACCCAUCAGCUCUCCAGCUCACAUCUUUAAUCUUCAUGAGAGAAAGAGAGCGUUCUGGAUAAUCACAUUGCCCAUUAGGUUAAACUCCCUUAGCGGUUUCUGUUAGAACGAUGCAAGCCGUUGAUGCUCUAGAUCAGUGGUUCUCAACCUUCCCAAUGCCACAACCCUUUAAUACAGUUCCUCGUGUUGGGGUGACCCC